AUGCACAACCAGGAUCUCGGUCAAGUCUUGACAAGCGCAGAUUUCAUUCACGAGAAUUCACAGCAUGUCUUCAUUCCUUCGUCAGGCAUCGAGUCAGCCGCCAAAGUGGUUUUUGAAAAUAUGAAGACACGCGAGUACAGUACGAAAACAUGGAAGAUGCACCCACUUAACCCUAAAGUUGCCAACGAAAGCGCCAUUAACUGGAUUUUCCUGGUUGAUCUGCUGAAUUUCUCGUUCUGGAGUGAGCGUGACCCUGACGACAAGUCCGUGCCAAAUCCCGCUCGAUAUGCCGUAGAGUACCAAGGCGUCAAGUACACUGGCUACUGGGCAUUAUGCGCUUGCAUCAAUCGAGCGUGUCAGGAAGGAUACCCCAUUCUUAAGCCACAAUGGUGGGCAAAGGACGCUUCAGACGAUGUGCUGUUGCAUGUGUUUCGAUCGGAUACGGAAGAGCAAAUGCCUAUGGUCAAGGAGAGGAUUAGGGUUAUGAGAGAAGAUGGUGGUGCCUUGUUGAAGUACUAUGAUGGCACUUUUAUCAAUUGCAUCAAGGAAGCCAAUGGCUCGGCCAUGAAAUUAUUACAAAUUAUUACCCGACAUUUUAAAUCUUUCAACGACGAACACACCUUCCAUCUUCGAAAAGUGCAAAUAUUUAAGCGAGCGCAGAUUCUCAUAGCGGACAUUUGGGCUUGCUUCGACGGUCAAGGGCUGGGGUAUUUCGAGGAUAUCGAUCAAAUAACCAUGUUUGCAGAUUACAGAGUGCCACAGGCAUUGUAUCAUCUAGGCUGCCUGGAGUAUUCCAAAGACCUCAUUCAAAAACUCAGAGACCAUCAAAACUUUCCUUCCGGUUGCAGUGAAGAGGUGGAAAUCCGGGGAAACUCCAUCUGGGCUGUGGAAUUGCUCCGACAACGUAUCCAGCAUAUGAUAGACGAGCAAAAUUCCGAUAUGAAAGUGAAUGCUAUUUUACUAGAUUUUUACAUUUGGGAUUAUGCCAAAGAGAUCCAAGGCACUGUAGACAUCCCCACUCAUAGAACUCGCAGCGUUUAUUAUUAA